UUGUUCUCGCACAAAGGUAUAUAUAUACAAUAAGAUGAAUGCAAGAGAAAUGUUUCUCGCAAUAGCAGGAGCAUUUGUGGAGUUGUACAAUUAUGUUAGAGGGCCUAUGGUGCCGCAAGCAACUCAAUUAAGGGAUGCAGUAGUGAGGAUUCAUGAACGCUGGGCAGGUCAAAUUGCAGAGCCAGAAUUGAUGAUCAGUAGUAUUCUCGAAUUGCUUAAUACGUUCCAAAACAUUUAUACCGGACUAGGAUUGGUUUGUUUGGUGAUCUCCUUUGUUCUAGGAUUGCUUUGGAGAGCGUUUGUUCUGGUGAUUUCUGCUUUGGGUGUAUGGAUUUCCUAUUUGAUUUUGACAGACCAUGAUUGGCACGGGCUGUUUCUGACAGACGAAAAAGGCUUUGCACUUUUUGCAAGUGCUUGGCUUGGUUUACUGCUACUCUACCAAGCACAAAGUCUGCUUGCCAAAGUUUGCCUUUGCGGUAUAGAAACCCUAGUAAUAUGGGUAAUGUAUUCGAUGACGACUAAUAAGGAAAUCCCUUGGGAUCAUUCUAGUUUCCCUGAAAUCAUCUCCCGAUCUAUUGAUCCGGUGCCCCAUUAUUCCUCUCCGUCAGACCUCUACCGCAGUCUCUGUGUUUCCCCCAUCUUCCUUGACGAAGGCCAUUUGAGCUUUGCGUAUGAUCGGGCGACUGGUAAAAAAUGCUGGAUGCUGGGAGCCAGGCUUUUACUUAUUGAUUUGGCAGAAAUUCCAGAAUACUGGAACUGGAGUUCUGUACCCGAAUCCAGGUUCUCCCAAGUGGCUGAGCUCAGAUUUGUAUAUAGUCUUAAGAUCAAGGGAUCUAUAGCGACAUAUAUGUUGUCCCCGAGAACAACUUAUGUAGCUUACCUUGUAUAUAAGUUUCCAAAUAUAUCUCGAUCUGGUUUUCAUGAAAGCCCUGUUAGCUUGCGUGUAGUGCGUGUAGUUAAUAUUCAACGCAGAGUUGUAGCUCAACAUAAUCGUGUCUUCCUGAUAGGAGAUAUGGCUUCACAAGCUCGAAGGAGAAAUGACGGAUGGAUGGAGAUUGAGUUCGGUGAAAUCUCCUAUAUUGAAGAUAAUGCUACUAUAGAGUGUAUUCUAGAGGGAUCUGAAAGUUUUGUGAGAAAAAGAGGUCUCAUUGUGGAAGGUAUUGAGUUUAGGCCUAGAUAGAGAAAAUUUAUGUAGUAAAACAUUAGAAAUAUAUAAUAUCUUCUAUACAAUUUUAUCUUUAGCAAAUUUUUUUCUCAAGCAAUGUAUGGUUUGAUGGAGAUCCAAGCUUACA